AGAGGGAUGAGCUCCUCGCCACAUCGUUCUCACGGCAACGGCGAUAACAGACCCAGAUUUUUCGACUCAAAGACGAAAAGCAUCUGUUGGGCGAAGGCUGAUACUGUCGCCGGCCGUCAUCCAGAGCGGUGGCGCAAAGACGCCGCCGGCAACAUUGUCUGCAAACGUUUCUUCAACUGCCUCGGCUGCCUCUGCUACGAGUACGAUCACAUCAUACCCUUCUCCAAAGGUGGUGAAUCCACAGCAGAUAAUUGUCAAAUACUUCAAUCCAGAGUUAACAGAUUCAAAUCAGACAAAUAUGACAUUGAUUCGGAUCAACUCAAAGGCUACUCUUGUGAAGUUAAUUUUACUGAUAAGGAGCUUGAUAUAAUUGAGAUGGCUGUUUACGGUGAUGUGAUCCGGCCAGGAAACCAGUGUCGUUGCAGAACUGUUGCUGAAAAGCUUGGCAAAUUCAAGUCAAAAGAUGACGCAGAGGCAUGUAAGUUGCCAUAGGAGGAUGAAUCUUUGCUGUAGCAAACAACUUUUCAGCACAUGUAUUGAAAAACGAAGCUCUCACCCACUCGCAUCUUUUUAGGCAAAAAUUAACAAUUGUUUCACUAUCAUUUCGUCUUGUGUGACGAUUGACAUCUAGAUGGGUUGUUUAGCAUACUUGGAGGGUUUUGCUUUGUUUAAAGUGAACCCCUUUAGUAACUAAGAGGAUAAAAUAAAAAUGAACAACUUAUACUUCAAUUAAGCACUUUCAUAUGUAUAACUACAGAUUUGUUAGAAUCAUUUUGUUAUUUUCUUGAACUACUGAGGGGACUGGGUUGGUCUUGGUUUUUGAGUCUUACCCAGUAGGACCUCGAUAAAUUCUACUAGAAACUUCAAUUUUCAAUUGUUCUUUCGUGAAAGCU